AUGAAAUUGGUUUCAUUUGCGUUCAUAUGCUGGCUGCUGUCUUUGUCAAUCGUGAAUGCAUUUCAAGAUGACUUGUUAAAAAAUUGCGAUCAAUCGGGGUUCUGUCAUCGAAAUCGGAUGUAUGCUGGGCGCAUUCAGAAGACUCGUAAUUUCUACUACAGUAUUGAUAUUGAUAGUCUAAAGUUCAACUACAAUACCGAUGCUGUCCGAGGUAUAAUUCAUAAAACGGUAAAAGCAAAUCAAAAAGAGGUUCAAAUUCCGUUAUACUUCACCUUAAGACUUCUGGACGACGAUAAGAUUAGAUUCCAACUCAACGAAGCCAGAGAUACAGUUACCAUAGAUAAAUCAGGUCUCAACCCUGUAAGAUACAGCAAGGCAGAUGAGUGGGCUUUUGAUCCGGAAUACAAUCCAUGGUUCUGGCAAGGGACCGUCAAGCCACCUGGUUUCUGGAACAAAAACCAAUACACCGUUCAGGCUAAAAAAUUCACUCUUCAAAUCAAUGUUAAAAGGUUUAGCAUAAAGGUUCUGUAUGAUUCACGAGAGAUUGUUACUAUUAAUGACCAACAAAUGUUAAAUUUCGAGCAUUACAGAUCUCUGGAACAAAAUUUCGAGAGUCUGAAUGAGGAAGAGGAACCUUUCAAUAUGUUCCAAGACAGUUUCAAGGAUUCUCGUGCGGAUUCAAUUCCUUUUGGUCCCGAAUCAGUUGCUCUAGACUUCAAAUUCCAUGGUAUAAACAAUUUAUAUGGUAUCCCAGAGCAUGCCGAUUCAAUGAGACUUCGCGACACAUCAAACUCUGAUCCGUACCGCCUUUACAACGUUGAUGUCUUCCAAUAUAAUUUGAACUCGACUAUGCCAAUGUAUGGUGCGGUUCCAUUCUUGAUUGGUGUUAAAGAAAAGAUUUCAGUGGGUAUAUUCUGGAUCAACCCUUCGGAUACAUGGGUGGAUAUACGAUACAAUAAAAAUGCUGCCUCUUCUCAUUGGAUGUCUGAAUCUGGUGUUAUAGAUUUCAUCAUAAUUGUGCAAGAUACGCCUAAGCAUGUAACAGAGUCGUAUGUUAAUAUUACUGGGAAACCCUUGUUACCUUUAAUGUCUUCCAUUGGAUACCACCAGUGUAGAUGGAACUACAACGACGAAAAAGACGUCCUUACUGUUGAUUCGCUAAUGGAUAAAUGGCAGGUACCAUACGAUUUUAUUUGGUUGGAUUUAGAAUAUGCAGAUGAGAAAAAGUAUUUCACGUGGAAGCCAGAUGCUUUCCCUAAUCCCAAAAGAUUAUUAACGAAACUAGAUAAACUUAAAAGAAAUUUGGUGACCCUUAUAGACCCACAUAUCAAAUCCAACUAUAAAAUCAGUAAUGCUAUUCUAUCUGCUGGUGUCGCUGUACAAAAUGCCUUGAAUAAACCAUUCCAUGGACAAUGUUGGCCAGGGGAAUCCAUAUGGAUUGAUACUUUUAAUCCAGCUGCUCGGGAAUUAUGGUCAAAAUUUGUGCAUACAUUCGUCAAUGCUGCAUCAAAUUUGCACAUAUGGAAUGAUAUGAACGAACCUUCGAUAUUUGAUGGUCCAGAGACAACAGCACCAAAGGAUUUGUUGCAUUAUGACGGAUACGAAGAAAGAUCAGUGCAUAACUUAUAUGGGUUGACGGUCCACCAAGCUACAUAUGAUUCAUUUAUUGAAAUGAAUCCAAACAAAAGACCUUUCAUUCUAACCAGAUCUUUCUUCUCGGGAUCUCAAAGAACAGCGGCAAGUUGGACUGGUGAUAACGUCGCAAAUUGGGAUUAUCUUGAAUUGUCAAUUCCUAUGGUGUUAAGUCAUAAUAUCGUUGGUAUGCCCAACACGGGGGCAGAUAUUGCCGGCUUUUUCGGUGACCCAGAUGACGAGCUUUUGAUUCGCUGGUAUCAGGCAGGUAUUUGGUACCCAUUUUUCAGGGCACAUGCUCACAUUGAUACCAAGAGAAGAGAACCCUACUUAUUAAACGAACCAACAAGAUCCAUUGUUAGGGAAACUAUCAAACUCAGGUAUCAAUUAUUGCCUACUUUCUAUACUGCUUUCCAUGAUUCUCAUGAGAGAGGUAUUCCAAUCAUGAAUCCUAUGCUUUACGAACAUCCAGACAUGAAAAUAUUCUACAACAUUGAUGACCAAUUCUAUUUGGGAGAACAAGGUAUCUUGGUUAAACCAGUAACAAAACCAAAUGUUGAUCAGGUAUCUGUUUCUUUCCCAUCAGGCAGAUUUUACGAUUUGUAUACAUUAAAAAUUGUUCAUGAUGGAAAGGCACGUACUCAAACCGUAUCUGCUCCUUUGGAGAAGGUGCCCGCAUUUAUAAAGGGUGGUCACAUUAUUUCAAGAAAGGACAGAUACCGUAGGUCUUCUUCUUUAAUGAAAAACGACCCAUACACUUUGGUUAUUGCACCAAGCUCCAAGUCAACAGCCAAGGGCAGACUUUAUAUUGAUGAUGGUGAAACAUUUGAAUACAAAUCAGGACAAUACUUGGAAGUUGAAUUCGAAUUGAAGAACGGAAUUCUCACCAACACUGUUAUACACAAACCAACAUUAAAUCCUGAAUCUUUCGUAGACAUACCUAUUGAGAAGGUGAUCAUGACUGGUCUUCGCACAACUACAAUUACUGAUCUCAACUUGAAGAUCGGUGAAGACUGGGAGCUUCGUUUAUAA